AUGGUGAACUUUACUCAGGUUUCAUAUUUCACUCUGAGUGUCUACUUCCACACGGGGGUUUUUAAAUACUUGUUCUUCCUGAUUGUCAUGUGUUUGUAUGUCUGUAUUAUAGGAGCCAAUGUGUUGCUGAUUGUGGUGAUCUGUGUGAACAGGAGCUUACAUGAACCUAUGUACCUGUUUCUGUGCAGCCUGUUUGUAAAUGAACUGUAUGGUAGUACAGGGUUGUUUCCAUUCCUUCUGCUUCAGAUCCUCUCUGACAUUCACACUGUUUCUGCUCCGCUCUGCUUCCUGCAGGUCUUCUCUGUGUACUCUUAUGUGUGUGUGGAAUAUUUAAACUUAACCGUCAUGUCUUAUGACCGAUAUCUGGCUAUCUGUUAUCCUCUGCAGUAUACCACACGUAUGACUUCCAGGAGGAUCGCCUCUCUUGUGGCUGUAUCGUGGUGCUACUCGCUGUUCGUCUGUGUUGUCAUGAUAUCGCUGACCCUGUCUCUGCAGCUGUGUGGGAACAUCAUCAACACAGUGUACUGUGGAAACUACUCCAUUGUUAAACUGGCCUGCUCUGACACUACUGAUAUUAAUAUUUAUGGACUCUUUGUGAGUCUUUGCACGUUCUUUGUUCCUCUGCUUUUAAUCCUCUACACGUACAUGAGGAUCCUCAGAGUGUGUUUCUCUGGUUCCACACAGACGAGACAGAGAGCUGUCAGUACCUGCACACCUCACCUUGUUUCCCUCCUUAACUUCUCCUUCGGCUGCAGCUUUGAAAUACUUCACAGCCGGUUUGAUUUGAGCGGUGUUCCCAACAUGUUCCGCAUUUUAUUAUCCUUAUACUUCCUCACGUGCCAGCCUCUCCUUAACGCUGUGAUGUACGGCCUGAGAUUUUCCAAAAUCCGUGUUGUUGUGAGAAGUCUGAUGUCAGAGGGAGGCCGCCUCGCUCAACAGGAGGAUCAGUUAACGGCCACCCAGGCGGGAGUAUUGCGCGUCACGGACAGUCAGAGGGAGUUCGAGUCGUCGGUGACCACCCAGAUUAACCACCUGGCGGGGCAGAUCCAUCAAAUGCUCACUCACCUCAAGGAAUCUCCGAGGAUAAGGAUCCACUGGUCAGAUGGGCCCAAGAUCUAUAAUAACGCCGAAGACGCAGCGCGGGACAUGCGGAAAAGAGGGCUGGAGACGGGCGAGCGGCACGGCAGCGAACCUUCACUCGAAGAGCGGAUCCGGAGAGCUUCACCAUGGCAACGCGUCGGAGAGAGGCCGGAGAGAGGCCGGAGAUAA